AUAAAAAACGGGGGAAGUAACGGGACACUGUCUUGAGACAACAAAUCAAGCCCAAGCUGUGCAAACAGACACUUCUCUCAGUCUCUCCGCGGAGUCGGAGUGAGUGCGGCCAAUGCACGGCAGGCUGAAGCGUUUUGAGGCUCGUGUCCAGUUGAAAUCCUCCGCUCACCCCCUCUCUCUUGAGUAUAUGUGGAGUUCAAGCGACACUUCUAUGAUAAUCCCCGCUGAACGGCGAGACGAAGUUUGCUUGUUUUCUUAAACCAGGGGUGCUGGGGCGAGUCGAGGCGAGAGAGAGGGUGAAAGAUGGGUUUGAACAGCCUCUCGUGGGUCCUGGCUUGGCUCUGCUUGGCUUGUUUCUCGUCUUCUCCGUGCAAAGCUCGGAUUUACACCAACCACUGGGCUGUUCGGAUACCCGGUGGAUCCGAUCAAGCUGAACAGAUCGCCAGUAAAUAUGGAUAUAGAAACAUGGGCCAGAUCGGUGAUCUGAAGGACUACUACCAUUUCUUCCACAGCCUGACGAUAAAAAGGUCGACGCUUUCCAGCAGAGGCACACACAGCUUCAUCUCCAUGGAGCCAAAGGUGGAGUGGGUCCGACAACAGGUAGUGAAGAGGAGAACAAAGCGAGAUUAUAAAUACUCAUAUCCUGGUCCAAUACAGUCCAGUACAGCCCAGUCCAGUUCCAUUUACUUCAAUGAUGCUAAAUGGAGCAGUAUGUGGUACAUACACUGUAAUGAUAACAUCCAUAACUGUCAGUCUGACAUGAAUAUCGUGGGUGCUUGGAAGAGAGGCUACACGGGGAAGGAUGUGGUGAUCACCAUUCUGGAUGACGGGAUUGAGAGGAAUCACCCAGACCUCAUACAGAACUAUGAUAAUGAGGCCAGUUAUGAUGUGAACGGUAAUGAUAUGGAUCCCAUGCCCAGAUAUGAUGCAAGUAAUGAGAACAAGCAUGGCACGAGAUGUGCUGGUGAAGUGGCAGCGUCCGCCAACAACUCUCACUGCACAGUGGGCAUCGCUUACAAUGCCAAGAUAGGGGGUGUUCGCAUGUUGGACGGAGAUGUGACGGACAUGGUAGAGGCCAAAUCGCUGAGUUUACAUCCUCAGCACAUAGAUAUAUACAGUGCCAGCUGGGGCCCAGAUGAUGAUGGCAAAACCGUAGAUGGGCCUGCUUCCCUUGCCAGACAGGCCUUUGAAAACGGAAUAAGACUGGGCAGGAAGGGGCGGGGCUCAAUCUUUGUGUGGGCAUCAGGAAACGGUGGACGGAGUCGCGAUCACUGUUCAUGUGAUGGCUACACUAAUAGCAUCUACACCAUCUCCAUCAGCAGCACGGCAGAGAGCGGCCGCAAGCCCUGGUAUCUGGAAGAAUGUUCUUCCACCCUUACCACCACCUACAGCAGCGGAGAGAACUAUGACCGCAAAAUCAUCACAACAGAUCUGCGGCAGCGUUGCACAGACAGUCAUACUGGAACAUCAGCAUCAGCGCCAAUGGCAGCAGGGAUUAUUGCUCUUGCAUUGGAGGCAAAUCCUUUCCUGACUUGGAGAGACGUACAGCACAUUAUUGUGAAGACGUCUCGUGCCGGUCACCUCAGUGCCCCUGAUUGGAAAACCAAUGCAGCUGGUUAUAAUGUCAGUCACCUGUAUGGCUUUGGGCUGAUGGAUGCAGAGGCCAUGGUGAAAGAAGCAGAGCGCUGGAAACAGGUUCCUGCUCAGCGCAUCUGCGUUGAGAAUGCAGAUAAACAAAUCAGAACCAUCCGUCCAGAGCAUGUCGUUCGGUCUGUGUACAAGGCGACGGGCUGCACGGAUAAUGCAAACCAUCAUGUUAUUUAUCUGGAGCACGUGGUUGUUCGUAUAACAAUUACGCACCCACGACGCGGAGACCUGUCAAUCAACCUAAUCUCGCCAUCAGGGACAAAGUCACAGCUGCUCGCCAACAGGCUGUUCGAUCACUCAAUGGAGGGCUUUAAGAACUGGGAAUUCAUGACCACUCACUGCUGGGGAGAGAAAGCCUCUGGAGAUUGGAUACUAGAGAUCUAUGACUCUCCCUCUCAACUCAGGAGCCAGAAAGCCCCAGGUAGCAAGCUGAAAGAGUGGUCGCUGGUGCUUUAUGGCACCUCCGUGCACCCCUACUCGGUUCGAAGUGACAAGCCUCGCUCAGUGGCCGAGCCUCAGCCUGAGGACGAGUACAGUGAGGAGUACAGUGGCCCCUGCCACCCAGAGUGUGGUGAGAAUGGCUGUGAGGGCCCCGGGCCCCAGCAGUGCAUCACCUGUCUGCACUACUUCCUCAAGUUCAAGAACAACAUUAGGACGUGUGUGCCUGAGUGUCCGUCUGGGUUUUUCCAGGAUGAUAAGAAGCGCUGUAAGAAGUGCUCUCCGCUGUGCGAGUCUUGCGUUGGCAGCCGCAGCGAUCAGUGUUCCACCUGUCGGCCAGGGCUGUACCUGCUGGAGGGAGCAAACACCUGCAUCAGCUCCUGUCCUGAUGGAUUCUACCUGGAACUUGCGAGUUAUGCCGCAGACUCCAACAUGUGCCGGAAAUGCAGCGAGAACUGUAGGAAAUGCACCUCGGCCAACAUCUGCACAGAAUGCAAGAUUGGGCUCAGUCUACAGGGGAAUAAGUGCCUGUUGAGCUGUGAACAUGGGACCUAUUAUAAUGGGCACAGACGGGCAUGUGAGAAGUGCCACUCGACUUGUGCCACCUGUGCAGGAACUGGCAUGGAAGCGUGUAAUGAGUGCGCUCCGGGCUAUUACUUUGAGGAGUGGCGCUGCGUCUCCAGCUGCAACGUGGGAUACUACUUGGCGGAACAAACGACAGACAAUGGAGAUGUUUACAUAUCCUGUCAAAAGUGUGAUCCUACCUGCUACGUCUGCACAGGGGUCGGGGAGAGGAACUGUAGCACGUGUGUAAACGGCUAUAACCUGGAAAACGGUGUGUGUGUCGUCAGUACCAUCUGUAAAGAUGCAAAUGAAGAAUCGUGGGCUGAGGGAAGUUUCUGUGUGCUUGUAAAAAAGAACAAUCUGUGCCAGAGGAAGGUUCUGCAGCAGCUCUGCUGUAGAACGUGUUCUCUAAAGGGCUGAAGGAUCUUUUCCGGCCCCACUUGCCGCUCACAUUCCGCUAAUUUAUAUUCCAGUCGAGAACCUUCAAUAUGGGACUGCACUGUGAGGUUUCUCGAUGCCAGGACUACAACAAACCUACCUUUUAUCUCUGUCAGUGUGUGUUUGUGUUGAGAGAAACUGUCAGGGUGGUGUGACUGCGAUCAGUAAUAAACAACAAAUCAUACAUGUCAAUAUUUUGUGACCAAAGCAUGGAUGCCAAAUUCUUUUACUUUUUUUUAAAAUAAUUUUAAAAAUUUUUUUUUGGGUCCAAUUUGGAAAGACAUGCUGAGUGAGUCUGGUGUCGAAGCCAGUGUAUCUUCAAUUUUUCCACAGGUUUUAAGUAUGAUAAAAAUUAUCAAAGCCAGUUUGUGCAUAUUCUGAAUGAAUCUCGCUCGGAGAACAUUAAAGAGUUGCAGUAAGACGUCUGUGAGCAAAGGGAGGAGUACACUUUCACCCAUCCUUCUCAGCAGUAAAACUAAAAACUAACUCUGGAGGUACAAGGUACAAAAAGUAGGUCCUGAAACACAGGCAUUCAUCUUAUUGGCUGAAAGUUGGCUGUUGUACUAACGAUAAUGACCUGCCAGUUACAGCAAUUCGGCAAAGGCAUAGAAAUAUAAAAUGCAUGGAGAUGUAGUUUGAUUGCUGUCACGUCAGGUUAAAUAUUGUUCACCUCAGGCUCAAAUCUCAUAAUGUGGUUUGUGUGUGUUUAUGUGUGUGUGUGUGUGUGUGUGUGUGUGUGUGUGUGUGUGUGCGUGCACAUGAGUGUUUAUCAGCAUUAUUGCAUAAGUGCAAAAAUAGUUUAUUGAAACCUAAACUUAACCAUACCAGGUGUUAGUUUAAAAAAAAAAAAAAAAGUUGAUGAUGCAAUUACAGGUGGUGCUUAAGGUGGGGUAUGAAGCAUUCUUCAUGUUUUGCCAGGCCAUCACGAUAUACCCUCAAAAUGUUUGCAGUAUCACUUUUUUUGUUAAAUCCCUCCACAUGCAUUAUUUUAUUUGCAUAACAUUAUUUCAUAAACCAACUAUAAACUACAAUUUUAAUCCAAUAUAUAAAAGAUUAUUUUUUUUUACCUUUUAGUGUAUUUUCAGGUAGAUAAGCAUCAACAGUUUUAAAAGCAGGACAUUUAGUAUUACAAUGAUCUAGCACUUUAAGGGAGUUCACCCAAAAAUUCAAAUUCUCUCAUUUAUUCACCCUCAUGAUAUCUCAGAUGUGUGUCUUUUCUUUCUUCACCAGAACACAUUUGAAGAAAAAUAGAACAA